UUACACGUGUCACUCUUUCGCGUGAUCCCGUGAAUCGCAAUUGCGACUAAAAAGUUACGCAACGCGACAACUUUACCUAGUAUAUCCUAAACAGUUUCGCUGUUUCGAUAAUUUCGUAACGAGACUUUUAGGUUAGGUAACCCUCGGAUUUUUUGUAUCGGUCUUCUGCUAGACAGCCAGCGCCACAUAUUCGACCGGGUCGGGUGCGAAUAUCUCGAUGUUUCAUGAAAUUCAAACGGUGUACGCCGAUAAACCGAACGACGUAUCCGGUUGCCCGAUUUAUUGGCUUAUUUUUCACGGCGACGGGUCCCGCUUAAAAAAACUCGACGCCUGUUCGGGAAUCGCAUUGACUCCGAAGUGACUCCGGGUUACUUCCGGUCAAGACAAGCCCAUGUGGACGGCAGCAGCAGCGGUGCCUCCGAUCACUUCGUGUUGAGGCUCUUCCUCGUGCUCCCUCGUGACAAAAAAAGGCUUUCCCGACGGCAGCUCGCGCGUGGAUCGCGAAAGUCAUCGCAGCAUGGCUGACCUGGACGAUUUCUUCGCGAAAAAGGAUCGCAAAAAAGCGAAAGGAAAGAAGUUCACGACCACCGAGGAGAUAGCGAAGAAAUUGGAAGAGACGGAGAAACGGUUGGGAAAGUCGAAAACGAAAGACAAACCUACGAAUCUGGAAGGCGAGGAGACCCAACAAAUCGAGGAAGAAGACGAAUGGAGGGAAUUUGAAGAAGAAAAAAAGGAUUAUACCGGUUUAAAAAUAGGAAAUUUAACACUUAACGAGUCUCUCGAUGCAGAAUCCGACGAUGAAAAAGACACAGGAGACAAUAGUUCCGAUGGAGAAUGCGGAGAAGGCGGUACUAAACAUGCAGGGCCAUGGAAGAAGCCCGAUGUACCUGCUGCAGCACCUCAAGAAGUUGUGGCAGAAGAAGCAGCUCCACCUCCACCACCUGUUACUUCAUCGGGAAAUAGUUAUAAGGCACCACGUUUCAGAAUUGUUCAAACUGUAGCUAGUAGUAGUCCCAGACAACGAGGGAAAAAUAUUGCUCCAGAUAUACAUAGCGAAGAGUACUUCCCAACAUUGAACUCAAAACAACAACAAGGCGCUGAACCCACUGGGCCAUGGGGUAGACGGAAACGAGACGAAGGUACGUUCGAAGAAGUGCGUAACAGAGGGGGAAGCAGAUCAUACGGUGUGCAAGAUUCGCAAGCUCAAGCGCCCAAACUUUCUCUGGAUAACAAAUACGGUGCCCUCUCGCAAGAUCAGAGCUGAAAGCAUCUUCUCUGAUUCAAUCAAAUGACAAACAAUCAAUAUUACGUCAUCGCCUCUCUCCGUUUCGUGGCCCAGCUGCGCUAUAAAAUACGUUUUCUAGGAUAGAACGCAACGAACAUGUAUCAUAGUAUGCAUCACGAUCACGUACAUGUCCUAGUUUUCGAAAAGCCCAGGCUGUAAAUUGAUUUCGUUCGAUAAGAAUUUUGUCUGCCGUCAAAACCGUAUGCAUCACGAAUAAUGGGACGUUCAACGUUCUCGCGGAGGUUUAUUUUCAUACAGAGACAUGCUCAAACAUUUAGCACCGACUUUUGUAUUUAAUUUUUUAACCGAUAUAGAUUGUACUCGACAAGAGAAAUACGGUUCGCGAGGCGCAGCGGAAGCUGAGAUAGGACGCUAGAAGAGGGUUCGCGCGGUCGCAUUAAUUUUGCGCACGGUGCUGUUUUCAUUUAGCGUGCAUGCUUUAGUGCCACGUUCGAUCGCUUUCGAAAUAUCGCAAAAAUAGAUUAGGGCACAUGGAUACUCAAACAUGACAAACCAGGACGAGAAAAACGAAACGUGUAUAUGUGUAUACUUUACGUGAACGCGCAAGAGAAUAAUCUGUUAAGUUAAACGAUUGCGGCGAAAGAGAUCGAUCGAUCAUGAUCGAGGAACCUUUCGAAAAUAACGAUGACAUUGCUUGGACAGUUUUUUCAGAGCAAUCGUUUCGCUCAGCAGCGAUAUACGUCAACGAACACAAAAAAUGAAUAGGCGAAUUAAGAUAUAUGUAUGUAUAAAUAUAUAUGUAUAUGUUAAUUGAGAAUAACUGAAUUCCGGGGCUGGGCUUUGGAACGGCGUGAAACAUACAAUACGAGGAAAUAAAAAGAAAACGGAUAUACUGAUCAAAAAAAAAAAAUAUACGCGAAUAUAUAUAUAGAUAUAUAUCGGAAAACGGACAAAUACGAAAACUGAGAAAAACUUGAGAGGUGUAUACAAAAAGUAACAAGAGAGAGAGAGAGAGAGACAGAGACACACACGCGUAUCGAAUACUACAAUAUAUACAAAAGGAAGACGUAUGUACGCUUUUGUUGACGCUUGUUUAAUUAUUUUUGUUAAUUUAGAGAUUUCUGUCGUGAAAAAAAGGAUAAUGGAAGCUCUAGGAGUUGAUAAUGGUGGGGUUCUCCUGUGUGUGAUCAGGAACUCGGGGUGCUAGCGCUGUUAUUUUUGAAAAAAAAAAAAGGUACGAAUAAAAGCUUGAGAAGCGAAGCGAAACACGAGCCAUAUAUACACAGAAGCGUGGAAGAGAAAAAAAAAUGGAGCCUUGUAUAGUGAACGAUAUAAAAAGAAAAAAAUAUGUGAUUAUUUAUAAUAAAUUUCCUAGGACAACGUA